AUGCUUACCGCCAAGGACCAAAAUAUGCUGAACGACGAAUAUGUUUACAUUUUUGCGGAUCUCUUGGACUCUGGAUACAGAAUUGCAAAUACUGGGAAUCAAACGCUGUAUGUCUGGGAAGAUAGAUCAAUCAAACCCGAUGGGAGAGACAAAGAGGCUCGGGAAGCGUUCGAGAGAACAUUUAUGCUGAGCGAUGUGGACAACGAUUUUGAU